GCAUGUGCGGUGUGUCUCCGAGUGUUGGAGAAACAUGGCUGCGCUCAGUGUGCGGUCUGUGUGUGUCUGCCUGCUGUUCAUUGUCACUCUGACCGGGGCCGCCGAGGAGAAGAAGAAGAAAAAGAAAGAUAUCCGGGAUUACAAUGAUGCGGACAUGGCCCGGCUGCUGGACCAAUGGGAGAAAGAUGAUGAAAUAGAGGAAGGUGAUCUGCCAGAGCAUAAAAGAAAGCCUGCUCCAAUAGACUUCAAGAAUCUUGAUCCUGGUAACCCAGAGAGCAUCCUACAGAUGACCAAGAAGGGCAAGACUAUAAUGAUCUUUGCUACGGUGUCUGGAAACCCUACAGAGAAGGAAACUGAAGAAAUUACCAGUCUGUGGCAGGGAAGCCUUUUUAAUGCUAACUAUGACAUUCAGAGAUUUCCUGUGGGGCCAAACCGUGUGAUCUUCAUGCUACGGGAUGGUGGAUACGCAUGGGAGGUGAAGGACUUUCUGGUUGGCCAGGACCGGUGUGAAGAUGUAACGCUAGAGGGACAGGUGUACCCCGGGAAAAGAGGAAAUGGUAGUGCGAAGGUCCGGAACAUUAAUACACCAGAGAAGGAGAAGAAGAAAAAGAGCGACAGCAAGAAAUCAAAGUCCUCCAUUGAGACUAACCGACCAUCGCCUGUAAAAGAUGAUUUAUGACAGAUUGCUGAUCUCCAAAAUCCAGGGACUCGUGUUCCUUUCUAGGACUAAUCUGUACAUGGAUACUCAUGUACAUCACUGAUUUUACAGAUUAUUCUCUCUUUUUGCCUUAAUUUGGUUUCCUAUAGUGAAAUAUUAAUGAUCUAAAAAUUGGGCAGAAACCAUGACAGUGGUGCUUUGUUACAAAUACAAUGAAGAUGUUUCUACAGUCCACAUUUCAAGAUUAUUUCUUUAUACUGUUUAUGGGGACUGCAGUGCCUUUUUGGUGCACGAAUGUAAUGUCUGGCAUAUAAGAGCAAAUGUAUACAG